AUGCAGGUGAACGAGGCGGGCGAGGACGCAGUGGAUGUGACCGGAGACGCGUCGCUGCGCGAGCUGAUCCGCGCAUGCAUCGACCGGUACUCCAUCGUGUCCGUCGCCAACCUCCGCGAUGCAGACUCCUUGGCAGAUGUCAGAGAACGCAUUCUUGCGUCCUGCACGCUGAAGGAUAGCAUGCGAUUGGCCAAGUUUGUCGUCAAUGAUGCAAUUGUGUUCCAACAGCAGGAACACAAUUUCCCGGCGCGGCUGUGCUGCGGAGACCGCAAUAAUUUUAUUAUUUAUGUGCCGCCCACGCUGCACAUUCUGGAGCAGGUCGGAGUCGAGAUUAGCAAUCCCGAGGCCAAGCAGCGCGAAGCGCUCGAUAUGCUCGUUUAUUCCUUCUCCCAUUUGUCGCUGAAAGGAGAUAAGCAGCAGCAACAGCAGCAGCAGGGCUAUCGAGGAAGUUUCAGCAUGAUGAGUCAGGGUGAGGCGGGAAAGAGUCCGGAGCCGUUAGGAAGCUCUGCAAGGAUGAUGAGCGUGGCAGGAGAGAGCAAAAAUCAGAUUUAUAAGCCGAUUAGUGUUGGAGGGAAUGAGACAGAGAAGAGGAAAAUGGUGGAGAAUAACAUGAAGGAGUGUACCAUCAUGUAGAAGGAGAAGAGUAGUGGUAGAAUAAUAAGAAUAUAAAAAUAAAACUAAAAAGAAUGGAUCAUAGAAGAAU